UAUAAAAUGAGACCUAAAGAAUCAGAUAUGUAUAAAAGAAUUAAGAUUUUGGGUUAAAGAUCUUUGGAAAAGCAAAUCUAUUUGAAUAUUUAAAAGGCAAUUCUCUUUGUGUAUGAGUAAGAGAAAAUAGUAUUUAGAAUUGAAAGAAAAUUUAGGAAACUUGUUAAGAGUUUAGAAUAAUGGCUUAAUUAAAGUAUUCAAAUAAUAUAAACUUUAAAGAAAUGUAUAAAACUGUAAAAGGAGAGUUAUAUUUAGUAAUGAAUAAUUAAGGUUUAGAUUAAAUUAUUGAAGAAGGUACAAAAAUAAUGAAUUAAGGAGUCCUAAGUUUUCCUAAAAUAUUCAUCAAAAACUAAUAAAAAUAUACAAGGUUUAUCUAAUUAGACUAGAAUCAAAAAAAAAAUAAGGAUAAAAAUCAGAAGAAGUAACUAAAGAACCAGUUUAUUAAGUUCAUGAUUAAACAAAAUUGUAGGAAUAAUUCUUUAAAAAAUUAAGAGAAAGAAAAGCAUCUUAAGAAAUAAAAAAACUUAUUUAUAAUUAGUAACAUAAUAAGGUCAAUAAUAAUAAUUAGGCGAAAUUGUGGAAACUGCAGAAUAAAAAUUUUUAGAUAAAAAAACUGCUCUGAAAGAUUUAUAAAAUUUAAAGAAUAAUAAUAAAUUUAACAAAAAGUUGAAACUGCUGCAUUUGAUUUCCAACCAUAACUAUAAUUUUAAGUAUUUGACGUUACUUAAAAAAAACCUAUAAAAUAAAAUAAGCCAUCCAAUUCAUAAAGAGAUGAAGAAAAAAAAUUAAAAAAAAUUAUAAAAUAAUAUAUAAGAAUCCCCUUUAUAAAAAAACCUUAAAUAAUACAAAAAAGAAACAGUGAAAAUGAUAUGUAAGAGAUGAUAAAUGAAUUUAAAAUUGUGCUUGUAAAAAUUCUAAUUAUCAAUUUCUUAGUAAGAAUAAUCUAAAAAUGUUGAAAAGCUUCCAUAUCAAGAUUAAAAUGAUUCAGAAGACUCCAAGAUUUAUUUAGAAGAUUCAAGUGAAGAUUUUGGAGAAAACUCAGAUACCUUAUCUCUUAAAACCUAAAUUAAUACUUGGAUGUAUAGUAUUUAAAUAUCAAUACAAAAUGUAAAUACAAAAAAAAAUCAUUAUCAGAACCUUGGUUAAUAAACUAGAGUGGUUUAAAAAUCUUGAAAGAUAAACUCAUUAUAAAAUUAGGAUAUCACUUUGAAUAAUUAUAUAAAUUAGCCAAAUUAUGUACUCAUUAAAAAGAUUUGGGAAUAUAAGAUAUAAAACGGGCUAUUAUGGAUAAUAUUGAUUUGGAUGAAAAUAAAGCUGAAACAUGUGCUACGUUGUUAGUGACAUUAGCAACUAUU